GGGCUACAAUUUUGCCUCAUUAAGAAAGGUGCUGGUUAUCUUUUUAGAGUUUCUGAAAAACUGGUUUUUCAGAAAACCGGGUCUUAAAGGGCCCUCCGCCCAAAUCCUUUUAGCCUUUUUGCCUACUCGAGGUCCUCUAUCGAAUGAUGUAUGAACGAACAAAAUCGGAGCCGGACAGUUUCUGCUGAUAAGUGUGUAUUCAAACCUCAAGUAAUAUAGUUGGUGCAAAACCAAAAAGGGUAGGCUAAUAUACCAAAAUGGUAUUGUAAAAUGCGGUUAAGAGUAUUUCUAAACGGAACCUAAAAGAAGGAGGAUAUCUGCAUUUGUUACUCAGAUAUUCCAAAAAGGCAUCUCGGCAUGGAAAUACCCUUUUUUGGUUCUUUUUUUUAAGAGAGUACUUUUCAUCGUUUCUCGCUGCUAACAUUCCUACGUACAUUAUUCUCGUAGGUGAUCAAAUGAUAUUUUUGUACCAAUUUAGGUUCUUUUGUCGUUUUCGGUUAUUAUCUUAGUCGGCGUUUAUGUUAUUUAGUGCAUUUGAUUGGACGUGCCUUCUGUGCUGGGAGUUGCUUCCACAAAGUCCUUCGUAUUUGUUGUAUAUGACACGUUUUCUUCAUGUAAAAGCUGAUGCUCUGAUUAGCACAGAUACUAAAUGAGUUUAUUAAUGUGAAAAGCAUACGUAAACUCUAGCAAACCUUAUUCGUACCAAGGAGUUGCUUCAUGUUCAAAGAAGCCAUGGUUUUCUCAAUAUGGCUAACAUAUAUGCAUUGAUCUCGGUCACAUAAGGGAAGAAUUCGUGAAAUAAGAGAAUUUUUUCUGGAACGAUGAUAGUGAUAUAUCAAUGUAUCACAAAUAUUUGAUAAUGCUUUUGCGUAUUUUGAAUGGGAAAUACGAGAUAGGUUAGACGUCGAUUUGGAGACAAAAUAGAUUUUGGGACAUCACUCGACCGCUGUUCAAUUUUCUGGAAGCUACAUCCACCCAUAGUGAGCAAUAUUUGCUUAUGAUGCAGAUAUGUGUUUUUUUAUUAAACAAAACAAUCGGAAGGUUCGAAAUACAGUUUUCAUAGGUUGCCUGAUAUACUCUUUUGUGUGCUCUUGUGCUCCCUCCAAGUGUCCUGCACUACUUUUCCUGCCAAUGUGGUAUAAAAUUUUGUAUUUCGCUGACGAGCAAGUCGCACUGUUUCCUUAAUCGCCGAAAAAUGGCUAACGGAUCUUCUUAUUCUUGAGACACGAACGAAUAUAUUCUAACCAAGUAUCUAAGUUUCAGUUACAUAGGAAUUGAAAAAUAUCUUACGAGGGAACAUAUCCAACUGUCACAUCGUUUUUGACUUCAAAGACUGUUCUUCGUAGGUUAUCGACCAUGUUGAUUCCGAACAUAAAUAUGAGAUCUGCUAAUGUCGGGUUCUUCAAGGGAUUUUCUGGAAAACGAGUUUUCCAGAAGCUCCGAAACCUUUUCUUAAUAAGUCAUGUUUGUAGUUCGAAAAUUUCUGAUUAAAAUGAGACAUCCCCCAGCUCUACACGACCUUUCUUUACAAAGGUCAUACAUUUUGCGGAGUUUCUAGAAAACCGAGCCUGACAUUAGCAGCUCUCAUGUUUAUAUUCGGAAUCAACAUGAUCGAUAACCUACAAAGAACUAUCUUUGAAGUCAAAAAUGUGACAGUUGGAUAUGUUCCCUCGUAAGUUCAGUCAAAUCACAGCUUUCAUAUAAUUCCAGUACACUUUUUUCGGUGGCUCCUUUGUGAAGAUAAAAAUUGCCGACAAGGUAAAGUGAGACAAUUUUUGUAGCUCGAGCGUGUUUUUAUUACAUGAGUAAACCCACUCACCAGGAGGAAAUAUAUUAUCAACCAUCAUUCCUUUGUGUAUUGUUGUUGCACAGCAGAAAACUGUAGUAAGAGAAAAGGCAUCGACAAUUUUAUGAACACCUAAUGGCAAAUUAUUUGAAUUAAGCUUAAUAUCUCCAGUCAAUAUGAGCGGACGAUCAUUUGUGAUAUUUUGUAAUAAAACUUGAAAAGCUAUUCAAAAUAAAUGUGUUUUGACUUUAGUGGUCUGUGCACAUUAAAAAAAGCAUGAAUUCACUGUUAUCAACAACUAUACUUACGAGAAAAAUCUAAACGAUGGGUUAGUUUUUUAGCGCAGUUUCAUCGUGAAGGACUGUCGAGUCAAGAAACUUUCUUGUAUACUUAUUGUUGUCGGCGAGCGUACAAGAGCUCAAAGUCCAAAUUGAUCAAUAUAUUUCGUUAAGCUUUAAACAUUCUGAGACAGGACGAUGAAAAGAUUUUUAUCGUGAUUUCUAGUAAAAGAAACUUGACUUCUAUCUUGAGAUGAAGAGUUAUUAGCAGUCAAACACGACAAAGAUAAACAGAUUCAAAUAGAGCAGCAUACAUCACAUCAAGUCCCAAUUUAUUGCCUGAAGCAAUCUUUGAACAUAGAUGAAUAAGAACAAACUCGAAUCUGAUGCUUUAUUGUUCGCACAACUACUUUAUUUAUAAUUUUAUAAAUUUUUCUAAAAUCCCAAGGUAUUGUGCAGAUAAAAUAGAGCUAGCUUAUCUUGAGAUUCUUAUGUAGUCCAGAUCGUAUUGACUGCGUUAUGAAUAUUUUAAUGUAUUUUUUGUAGCGGUUGAACGGUUGUGCGACAAUAACAAUAAGCGAUUCGUAUUCUUUAUAUUUUAACCGGACCGGUUGCGAAUCCUUCUUCAGAGGUUAACAAAAAACUGUGUUUCAACGUUAAUUCAACGAUCGUUAGCAAACGCGUUGUCGAAGAACGUGUUAUUCUAAAAUUUUGCUUGCCAAAAAACGCGUUUAAACGGCUCUUUUAACGAUCGUUCGCUCACGUGUUCAGAAAAAACGCGUUUUUCGUGCCGUUUCUAAUAAUUUAUUUUCGCCUGGGUAAUCUUUAAGACAAGUUAUUUUGUUGAACUAUAGCUACGAAUAUGUUAUACGAUGAAACCAAGAAAUGUUCCAAAAACCUGAAAUGCAUUUUGAAUAAUUGAAAGCCUUAAGGUGUCUUCUUUGAUAUAUAUUAACAUUUAUUUAAAAGGUAUAGUGUUUUUCUCUUUCAUUGAUUUUUUUUGCAUCCGGGUUAGAAUAAUACAAACUCACUUUAAUGUUGCUUGAAGACAUAGUGGCGUAAUCAACGCUGUGAAAUAAAAAUACCAAGCACUAUCGAGUUAAAUAAUUGCUUUUAUAAUAUAAGAAAUUUGAAUUGUAAAAACAGGAGAACUGACUUUUUCAUCGUGCAGAGUAAGUUUGAUAUUACCAUGUGAUAUUGAAGAAAUUCAAGUUAGAAAAUGUUCAUGAAUUGCUGACUGGUGUUCUCAGUACGUAUGCUUGCUUUUCAUUUAGUAUUUGUUAUGGAAAAUAUGCCUUCUUCUCCCGUCUAUACCAAUCCGUAUAUUAGCUGUUAUAACGAUAGAUUAGUUGUUCAUAAUUAUGAUUAUCCACAAGGUGAUAAAACUCUAAAAUACCACGAAAUUCAUUCAUGUAAAUUUCGCUUAUUAAAACAGUUGAACUUCUUAGAAGUAAAGAUGAUCGGUAUGGGUUUUAGUUAUUCAUCAACAUUACAAAAACAGUUAAUAUGGUGGCCACGUGAUCUUCAACGACAUAGUUCAACAAAACGGAAACAUUGUUUGAUAUUGUAUCUCAAAGGUAAUCCGUAUCCGAACAGAAUAGGUGUUACGAUGAGCGAAGAUCAAAUUGAACAAAUUUACGAGUUUAUUCAGAAUAAUUUGGAUACAAGAUCAGUGAUACAAGACGAUGGACUCGCGUUGAAAUAUGAUUCUGAAGUCGAGAAGAAACGAUUAGACGAAAUGCAACGUCUCAUUGAUUGUGAGCCAUUUUUAAGUACACACAACUAA